CCCUGCUGGUGCUCGGCGUCAUUUUCGCUCGCCCACUCACAUUAAUCCUCUCAAUUAUUUCUCUCCCCAGUCCAAUGUCAGACGGCUUUGGUGAGCAUGGGAGCACAUGAUAAAUUCAUUGGCCUCGCACUGGCUGUGCUGGCUUCGUUGGCCAUUGGUUCGAGCUAUGUCAUCACCAAGAAGGGCCUUGUACAAGCGGCGGAGAAAUAUGGCUUCAGUGGAGAAGGAUUCGAAUAUCUGCGAAGUCCUCUAUGGUGGUGUGGGAUGACCAUCCUGAUAUCGGGAGAGCUUAUGAACACAGCCGCAUACGCUUUUGCUCCAGCAGUGCUGGUCACUCCGCUCGGGGCGCUCAGCGUACUCAUCAGCGCCUUGAUGGGCGCAUACUUUCUCAACGAGAAUAUCCAAGUCCUUGGUAAGCUCGGAGCCGCCAUCUGCCUUUUGGGAUCAGUAUUACUCGUCCUCCAUGCGCCGGGCGACAGAGACAUCCAGACCAUUGAGGAGAUCCUGCACCUCGCCAUUCAACCAGGCUUCCUCAUCUACUGUACCCUCGUCACCGUCUUCGCCAGCUACAUGAUCUACAAAGUCGCCCCGCGACUGGGCCGGACGAACCCGCUAGUCUACCUAUCGAUCUGCUCCACCGUGGGAUCCAUCUCUGUGAUGUCCGUCAAGGCCUUCGGAAUCGCCAUCAAGCUCACCUUUGCCGGCGACAACCAGUUCACCCACGCAUCCACUUACGUCUUCUCCCUGGUCCUGGUAGUCACCACGCUAACCCAGAUGAACUACCUCAACAAAGCAAUGGGCGAAUUCCCCGCGUCUCUAGUAAACGCAAUGUACUACGUCGGCUUCACAACCUGCACCCUCACCGCCUCCAUCAUCUUCUACCAGGGCUUGAACACCAGCGACUGGACCAGCAUCACCUCCAUGAUGUGCGGCUUCCUCCUCAACUUCAUCGGAAUCUCCCUCUUGACCUUAUCCAAAACAGGGCAGGAGGCCCGUCCGGAGUCCGUCUGUGCCCUGAGCAUGCGGUCCCUCGACUUGUCCCAUGGCCGGUACGAUCAUGUGCGAUCCAGCAGCGUCGAUGUUCCCCGGGCCCUGGAGAGGAGGUCGUCUGGCCUGGAUGCCGCGGAGCGGCAAUAGUGGUGGACUUGCUAUCUUGGGGCUAAUUAUUUUGUUGCACUUUUCUUUUGUUCGUUUUUCUUUGUACUCCCCAGGUCGAGGGAUGCAGUGCUAGAUCGACCACCACGCUGAGUUUAACUGCAGGGUUGGAAGUAGCUUCGGGCUUUCGGCGAGAAUGCGAUGGGCCACUGGUGGGUCUGUCGGGCGUGUUUGAAAAUAUACCCUACAUGUAAAAUUUCAAUGUCCCUGUGGACGUGACAUGAUAUAUAUUUAUAUGUGAAAUAAGAGAUUAUAGAACGAUCUUGAAUUUGGAAA